AUGGCCUCCUCCGUGGCGCCGCCAGCCUCCCCGUCGUCGCGAUCGCACGGCAAUGCGGCGGGCGCCGGCAGCAGCUCCACGGCGAUGAUGCUCCCGGGCCCGCCGGGGCGCGGCAACGGCGGCUGCAUCGACCUCAGCCCCACGGGCCUCCUGGCGCACGGCGCCGGGAGCAGCGUCGUCGUGUCCGACCCGCGCUCCAUGCAGCUCCUCUGCGUGCUCCCCAUGCCCUCCUCCUCCCUCGCCUCCUUCGUCACCGCUGUCCGCUGGGCGCCCCCCGCCACGCCCUCCCUUGACGACGACGACGACGACCGCCGCCCCCUCCGCCUCGCCGCGGGGGACCGCCACGGCCGCAUCGCCGUCUGGGACGCCCGCGCGCGGGCCGUGCUCCACUGGCUCAACCUCGACGAGGCGCGCAGCGUCGCUCCAGGCUCCGGCGGCGGGGUGCAGGACCUCUGCUGGGUCCACCACGGCUCCGGCUGGCUCCUCGCCUCCAUCCACGGGCCCUCGCUGCUCUGCAUCUGGGAGACGUCCAACACCCCGCGCGUCCUCUGGAUGUUCGACGCGGCGCCCGAGUACCUCUCCUGCCUCCGCCGCGACCCCUUCGACGCCAGGCACCUCUGCGCGAUCGGCCUCCGCGGCUUCCUCCUCUCCGCCUUUCCCAGGCAGGACUCCGACAUCUCGCUGCAGGAGCACCGGGUGAACUGCGGUGCAGGGGAUGUCGCCGACCUGCAGAAGCUGGAGAAGGAGAUAUCGGCACCUGCACCGGCCCCGGCGCUGGCGGCGUUCCCGCUCUUUGCCUCGAGAAUGUGCUUCUCCCCGCUGUGGAGGCAUAUCCUCUUCGUCACCUUCCCGCGGGAGCUCAUCGUCUUUGACCUCAGCUACAGCACUGCGCUUUCUGUUACCCCAUUGCCCAGGGGGUUUGGCAAGUUCUCGGAUGUUAUGGCCGAUCCUGAUCUCGACAUGCUCUAUUGCACUCAUAUCGACGGCAAGCUGAGCAUCUGGAGGCGUAAGGAGGGUGAACAAGUGCAUUUAUUAUGUGCUGUGGAAGAGCUAAUGCCUUCAAUUGGUACUGUUGUUCCUUCUCCGGCUGUUCUUGCAGCUACAAUAUGGCAGUCAGAGUCUAUUUUCCGAAACAUUGACAAACAAUGUCAGGAUUUGGCACAAACAUAUUCUUUCAUGACUGAUACCAAUUCAGACCAGAAUGCUUGUAAUGGGACUAUGACAUAUCUAACGUCGAUAUCAGAAGAUGGCAAGAUCUGGUCGUGGCUUUUGAAAUCUGACAAGUCUUCACAUCCUAACAAAGCUAAUCUAGGUAGACCGAGCCAUAGCAAUGCUGCAACUGCCAACACAUCCUCCAAUAGACCUGAUUUUACAAUAAAGAUUAAUUUGAUGGGCCAGCUUCAUCUUUUGUCAUCUACUGUCACUACACUAGCAGUGCCGUCCCCUUCAUUGCUUGCCACAGUAGCUCGUGGUGGAAACAAUCCUGCUCCAGCAGUGCCACUUGUUGCUCUGGGGACUCAGAAUGGAACUAUUGAAGUUGUAGAUGUUGUGGCCGAUGCAGUUUCAGUCAGCUUUUCCGUUCAUAGCAGCACAGUGAGGGGAUUGAGAUGGCUUGGAAACUCACGUCUUGUUUCAUUCUCAUAUAAUCAGGUUAGUGAUAAAACUGGUGGAUACAAUAAUAAGCUUGUUAUUACAUGCUUAAGAAGUGGGCUAAAUCGCUCAUUCCGUGUGCUCCAAAAGCCUGAACGUGCACCAAUUAGAGCAUUGAGGGCUUCUUCCUCUGGACGGUACCUUCUGAUUCUGUUUCGCGAUGCUCCUGUUGAAGUGUGGGCCAUGACAAAGAACCCAAUGAUGCUUAGGUCCUUGGCACUUCCUUUUACAGUAUUAGAGUGGACACUGCCAGCUGCACCUCGGCCAGGUCAAAAUGCAUCAUCUAAGCAGUCUUCAACCUCCAAGGAGCGAUCAAUAGAGGCUUCUGGUGCAGAAAAUUCUGAUGAAACAUGUGAAAGUUUUGCUUUUGCAUUAGUCAAUGGUGCUCUUGGUGUGUUUGAAGUGCACGGGCGGCGAAUACGAGAUUUUAGGCCAAAGUGGCCCUCAUCAUCAUUUGCAUCUUCAGAUGGUUUGGUUACUGCUAUGGCUUAUCGCCUUCCCCAUGUUGUAAUGGGGGAUCGAUCAGGCAACAUUAGAUGGUGGGAUGUUACAACAGGCCUUUCUUCUUCUUUUAGCACUCACAGGGAAGGCAUCAGGAGGAUAAAGUUUUCUCCUGUUGUUCAUGGUGAUCGAAGCAGAGGGCGCAUCGCUGUGCUUUUCUAUGAUAAUACAUUUUCGAUAUUUGACCUGGAUAGUCCAGACCCCUUGGCGAAUGCCCUUCUUCAACCGCAAUCUCCUGGUACCCUUGUCUUGGAGCUUGAUUGGUUGUCAACCCGAACAACGAAGGAUGAGCCACUUAUGUUAUGCAUUGCCGGAGCUGAUAGUAGCUUCCGACUGAUUGAGGUUAACAUUGAUACCAAGGGCAGUUCCAUUUCAAAGCCAGUAGCUACGAAAGAGAGGUUUAGGCCAAUGCCAUUUUGUUUGCCAGUAUUAUUUCCAACGGCCCAUGCUUUGGCUCUGCGUAUGAUUCUGCAACUUGGGGUGAAGCCUUCUUGGUUUGAAUGCAAUAAUAAUGAUAAAUUAGCUGGGGACAGCUUUAAGGUAACACCAGCAUUUGGAGAUCUUCGUAGUUACAUGAUUGAGACAACACUCCCUCCAAUUGGUGAUGUUGUUGUGGCAGAAUUGCUCCUUAAAGUGUUGGAACCGUACAGAAAGGAGGGUUGCAUUCUUGAUGAUGGAAGAGCCAGAUUAUAUUCAGCUAUAGUGAACAAGGGAGCUUGUGCAAGGUUUGCAUUUGCUGCUGCAAUUUUUGGUGAUUUCCAAGAAGCACUUUUCUGGCUACAGCUGCCUCAAGCUCUUCACCACUUCCUGGAUAAAUCAACAAGUAGAUCAAGAGAGAAGAUCUCACAAUCAAGUUUACAUCCUGAUUCUGAACAAGGCUCUACAUUUAAUCGGAUAACUUCAAGAGAGAGAUCUGUUUCCGGAAAGUUCACAAAAAAUGCUGCGAAUUGUGGGCAAUUAAGUUCAAUGGCAUUUAAGCAAGAGCAACUAUGGUUCAAUGCAAAUGAAAGGAUACCUUGGCAUGAUAAGCUCGAUGGUGAAGAGGCUUUGCAAAAACGUGUUCAUGAGCUUGUCUCUCUUGGGAACUUAGAAGCUGCGGUCUCACUGUUACUUUCAACGCCCCCUGAAGGAUCAAAUUUUUACCCAAAUGCAUUAAGAGCAGUUGUGCUGUCAUCUGCAGUCUCACAAUCUUUGCAUGAACUUGCAGUGAAGGUUGUUGCAGCCAAUAUGGUUAGAACGGACAAAUCGCUGUCUGGCACGCAUCUUCUCUGUGCUGUUGGAAGAUAUCAGGAAGCAUGUUCACAGCUUCAAGAUGCUGGGUGCUGGAAUGAUGCAGCUACUUUGGCCGCAAGCCAUUUGCAAGGAUCUGACUAUGCAAGGGUACUGCAGAGGUGGGCUGAUUAUGUUCUUCGUGGCGAGCAUAAUAUGUGGAGAGCUCUUAUACUAUACGUUGCUGCUGGAGCACUGCCAGAGGCUUUGGAUACACUCCGCAAGAACCAGCGCCCAGAUAUCGCAGCCAUGUUCUUGCUAGCCUGCCAUGAGACCUACUCACAAAUCUUAUCAGAAUCAGAGGCCGAGGACGACACUUCCAGGUUAGCACUGACGCCGGAGCAGACCGAGAAGCUCCGGUUCCCUUCCAAGAAUGUGGCCGACGAGGACCUGAUUGCAGUCAGUGAGGUCUUCGGGCAGUACCAGCAGAAACUGGUUCAUCUCUGCAUGGACGUCGAGCCGACGGCUGAUUGA